AUGUCUCGGCAUGCCUUGGUCCUGGACGGACUUUGGUAUUCAUUAUGUCCUUCAUUUGUCCCCAGAACACUCAACCGCCGCUUACCGCACCUACAAACGAAGAAGCGAAGCUCCAGACCAUUUGCGCCGGCAAGUACUUGCACGGCAGGAAGCUUGCCACGAAGAUACCAUACAAGCGGCAAUAACGACAGUCACAAAAUCACCGGCUAUUAUAGCUCAUCCGUCCUCGAAGCCUCUCCUGCCCGCGAUGAAUCACUCACCGAGGCCGAGUCUUCGCCCGUGGACGACCUCGAACACUACCCUUCAACCACCGAUAUGCUCGAUGACCGAAGAGAGAAGGAAUUACAACGGUUAUACAAUAUGACCAAGGACCCUAAGGCACCCGGUUCAUACGAGAACAUCCCAACCUCAUUUUUGGAAAGGAAGCUUCAGGAGACUAUGGUCUUUAAGCCCGAGAUCAGAGACGCAGAGCGUAUUCUCAGAGUCUUAAUACGAGAUCGCCAGAUCCGACCGACGGCCCGACACUACAAAGCAUUGAUAUUGGCGAAUUGUGAUUAUAUAUCCGGGUCAUCCUUGGCGGUGCAAAGACUGCUGGAUGAGAUGGAUCUCAAUGAUAUUGCAAUGGAUUCGGGCACGCUUCAUGCUGCUCUUAAGGCCGUGGCUGUACAUCCCGAUUAUAUCCUUCGCCAACAACUACUUGAUCGACUUCGGGAUCGAUGGCUUCCUCUCAGUCCGGCGGGUUGGCACUAUGUGGUAGCGGGCUUGAUGCGAGAGAAUCAGUUUGAAAAGGGACUUGAACAACUUGAAGCUAUGGAACGCAAGAACAUCCCUAUCGAGAAUUGGUUGCACAGUUUGAUCAUCUAUAUACUGUGUGACCACAAAGAAUUCGAGGAAAUAAGCCGUCUUGUUCGAAGAAGGCUCGAGCAGGGCCACGAAAUGACGCCACAGCUUUUGUCUCAUUUGCUUGAUAAGGCAGGCGAAGCCCGGCACCAUGAGCUGUCUCAUUACAUAUGGGAAAGAAAAGUGAACUUGGGCUACGUUCAUCCUUCGAUGGAUACUUGUACGCGGACACUAAAUACAGCAGCGAGGCACCGCGAUCCUCAAUUGGCCCAGGCUGUGUUUCAUUACCUCGGCAAGGCUGGCCUCCAGCCGAAACCCGAUAAUCAUAACCAAGUCAUCAAAUCUCAUUUGACCAAGGGAUCCCCGGAUAAUCUUCUUGCCGUCUUUAAGGAGCUCUGCACAAUGCACGAAGCCGGACUCAAGCCCCAGAACAGUACUAUGAGGCAAUUAUGUCAACAUUUUAUUACAUGGAGAAUCGAUUGUUGGGAAGCGUGGCAGAUGCUCAAACGUCUCAAAGAUACCCGGCGAUCCAUUCCCAUGGACGCUAUUGAGCUUAUUUUGCAGGCCUGGAAAAAUGACGCCAAACACAACCCGUCCGUGGCAGAUGAUGCCCUGCAAUUGUAUCGUGAAAUCUACACAGUCUAUCCUGACGGCGCAAACCUUUCCAUCUUCAACUCAUUCAUCAACAUCUGUCAGCGUGCCCAAAGAGUCGACUUGGGCAUGUAUAUGCUGAAAGAAAUGGCAUCGUCCGGCAUUAUCCCGAGUGGUAAGACCUUCGAACUUGUUAUUCGGAUGUGCCUCGACGCCGGGAGUUUCAAGUCUGCGUGGAUGUAUCUUCAAGACAUGCAGGAACGCGAAUUCCCUCUUACGCCGAAGACACAAGAGUUAAUCCAAGAGAUCUGUCUAAAGUCCGUGGACCCUUACGCCCUACGGUUGAGAUAUCAUCCAAGUGCUCAACUGCCGGUCAGCCUGCCGGCUGCUGAGCCAGCCAAACCGGAUAGGCCAGGGAAGGUGGUUUGGAACAAGGAGCCAAAGCCUUCUCAGGCCACACGCCGGAGACGGAGACGACAACGUGAAGCCCGCAUUGCGGAGAUAGAGGCACGUCGUGAGGGCACCGUCGUCUCGGAGAAAAAGUGA